AUGUCGAAUCCAUCCAUGUCCAAUUUUUUGAAACAGCAAUUUAGUAUUUGCCCCGCCAACGGCUGUCAAGCCGUUGGAGAUGGGGCUUUCUCUGCUGACAUUACUCCUAGUGUACUUGCCGUCUGCCACAUGCAGGGCACCGGCGACAUGUACUACUACUCUACUACUUUCUCUGGUGGACCCGGGGUAAGGUCGUCAGACUGUGUGACAGGCAGUCCGGCGUCUUCCAUUUCUUCUUUCUCGAAUUACUCAUCGUCUCCCAACACAUCCAAUGUUUCACUUAUGCACCCAUCCUACUCGCCUUAUUCAUCUGCAGUUCCGCCUCGUGACAUUCCUAUCAGAGCAGAUUCACCCUACGACAUUGCCACCCCGCCUUUGACACCAGAUGACGAUGAAGAUGGCUGUGCCACUGGUAUAACUACCAAGCAUUCUAAAGAUGCUUUGGACAUUCUUUUGGCUAUCUUUCCUCGUGAUGGAUUGAGCCUUUUGCCUUAUGCUAAGAGCGUCGUCGUCGCCGCCCCAAAUAUGGGUGCUUCUUUCGAUGGUGUGGUGCUCGAACUCCCUGGAAAGACCAAAACACUUUACGUUGAUGGCAAGAACGCUCAAGCUGUUUCUCUUCGCGAGAGCAUUGUGGCUCUCCUCGAUUUAGCCGACGAACAACUCCAGUGCUCAGCUUUGAUCAUCGCAUUCAACAAGGCUUCCCACGGUCUGAGCGAACUUUUACAUUCACUCAUGUACGUCGGGGGAAGCGUCGUUACUAAACCACCAUUCCAGGUUGAUCCUGCGUAUAUUCUUGUCGGUGUGGAGAUUUAG